UUCAGCAGCAGUUGCACACCUGCUGUGGCCACUCCACCAGGCUCCCCCUAAGCCAAGGGAGCGGUGGGCUCUGCUCCCACUGACUCCUCAGGGAGGUCUGGCAUUCUCCAUCAUGCCGCCUUCGUGAAACCCUGUGGUCCUCUGGUGUCCAGGAGAGGCCGUCCCUCCUUCCCUGGUCUGCUGCUUCUCUGUCUGAUCUCCCUGGCAGGCUCUUUUCCUUUGUUGACCCACCCCUUGAACUUUGGGGUUCACGACUCUUCUCGGCCUCACUUGGGGGAGUGACCGUGCCACCUCCUCCCACCUUAUCCUUCCUGACCUCACCUCACUGUCUUCCAGCGGGGACUCUAGCCCAUGCUGUAGGCUGGCAGCCCUUGGAGGAGGUUGGUGCGAGCAGGGUCAGAGGAGAGCAGCCAGCCUGGACUAACUUGGCUUCCACGUGAUCCUUUGUGUGAUCACAAUCGUAAUUCAUAGUAAUGCCAAUUAGGAAAUACUCUCUACCAGGGCUUGUGCCAACCCUGUGAUUUCUUCUGACCUUGGCAAGUCGAGUGUUUCACCACAAUUUGUGAAUUAUGGAGGGGUCAGAGGCCUCGUGGACACAGGACUGCUCUUGCAUGCAAAUCUGCCCAGGACCUCGGUCUCCCUGUUUGAAAACAGGUAGCCUGGUCAAAACAGGGGCAAGUUUUCCCUAAAUGGGUUUCCAAGGCUUCAAGAUAAAGUACCAGAAACUGCCUCCCACAAGGCAUAUUUUGGAUAAUUUCAUUCACUGCUUUCCCCCUGGUUAUAUAUUAGGAUAUAUCCCAUAAGUGUUGUGUUUUUAGUGGCCCUAAAUGGCUUUCUGUCUUCUGCAUGUGGUGGUUAUAUAUAGAAUCUGCCAGCCUAAGGCAUGGGUACACACUGCCGUGGUUUUUAACCCCGGUUUCUUCUCAGAGCUGGUUUAGUAAAUUACCCAUCCCUGGAGAUGAGCCCGUCGCCGGGAAGGCAUUGUCUUUGCAGUGUUUUGGAGCCUGGGCAGGCUGAGUUGUGUCCAGCCUGCGAGGUUUCGCCAAUGAAAGGGGGGAGGGGAGGCAAUGUUACAAUAUUCGGCCGCUCUAAUCCUGUUACGCACGCGGGCACAUGCUCCGCGCCAGUCUCCAGCCUCCCUCUUGCCCCGGCUGGAGGAGUUGGCACGGUCGGCAUCUCUGAUUCCUCUGCUGUUGGCUCGAGACCAGGGAGCGGGGAGGUGAGAAGGGAACCACGGGGGUGCGGUGCUGAGCAGCCGCGGUCGGUCCAGCCUGUUGGUGAUGAGCCGAGCCCGCCGCCUCUCUGGGCAUGGGUAACGCGCAGCGCCAGCGGUCGUGCUACCGGAGAAGGAAACGCACAGGUACCAGAAAUCCGGAUCCAGGAUCCUCCGCAGCCCCCGGCUCCUCUGAGCGCGCAGGGCCCGCUUUGUGGCCAGCUCCCGCGCGCCACCGAGUUUGGGGCUGGGGUCUGAGUCCUGCAGCUCACUGCGGCUGGCAGCAGGGGACGGAUUAUUUUUAGCAGGUUCCCUUUAGCCCAGUGGAGCCAGGAGAUGUUCACAGAGCCGGGCGGCUGUCUGCAGAGCGUUGGUGCAACCGUGCCUGCUGCCCGGGAGGUUUGGCUGCCGCAGUCCCCUCCAUUCACUGGGCUGUAAAUCGAAGCUGUCUACACCGGCAAGGCGCUCGAUCCCAGCGUGGCCCUGGGGCUACGUCCCGCCCAGGUCUCCUGGCACCUGAUUUCCCAGUGGUCAAUUAGGUGUCUCUGCCUGCAGCAUUGAAGCAGUGGAGGGGCCAAUGCCCCGGCUUUGAUGGAGCGCGCCGUGCGCAGAGACCUCCCCAGUCGACUUCCUCAUCAGAAGGCAGCAUCCAUUCAUAAUUCUCUCUCAGCCUGUGGACCGAGUUUGGCUGGAGCUGAGCAUGGACUCCGGCGAUCUCCCUUUUUGCAUCUGAAGCAGAAACUAAGAUAAAAGGGAGAAGGAAGGGGGAAUGCGGUCCUAACGCAACAAGGCGCUGGAAAGCCCCCCGGGAGGCCUCUCCUUUGCAGGGAGAGGGAGAAGAGGCAGAUCGCGAGCCCAGCGCCUCAGCCAGCUGCUGCUUCGCUGCGGAGCCGGCACGCAUGCCUACCUCACCUGACGGCCGCAUUCCCGGGGAGCCGGCGCGGGGCCCGGCGGCGCGCCCAGGGCGCACGGGCGGUAGGAUCUCUGCACCGGGGGAACGAAGCGCGGGCGGGCUUACCAGGGCCGAGCCCGAGCCUGAGCGGGCGCCCGGGGAGGCCAGCCUCGGCCCGGAGCCCCACCGCAACCCCCCGGGAUGUUCCGCUGUCUCCAACCUGGACGUCGAGAGCAAGCUGAGCGUGUACUAUCGUGCACCGUGGCACCAGCAGAGAAACAUCUUCCUCCCGGCCACCAGGCCACCCUGCGUGGAGGAGCUGCACCGCCAGGCCCGGCAGAGCCUGCAAGCCCUGCGCAGAGAACACCGGAGCCGGAGCGAUCGUCGGGAGCAGAGAGCUGCUGCACCCAUCUCGGUAGCAGCUCCUCCGCUGCCCGCCUACCCCCCGGCCCACAGCCAGAGGAGACGCGAAGCCAAGGACCGGCACUUCUUAACGUUUAACAGCACCCGUUCGCCCUCCCCUACUGAAUGUUGCCACAUGACCCCAUGGAGUAGAAAGUCCCAUCCCCCAGAGGAUGAAGAUACAGAUGUCAUGUUAGGGCAAAGGCCGAAAAACCCAGUACACAAUAUCCCCUCAACACUGGACAAGCAGACCAACUGGAGCAAAGCACUGCCUCUUCCGACGCCAGAGGAAAAGAUGAAACAAGAUGCCCAAGUGAUUUCUUCCUGCAUUAUUCCCAUCAACGUCACUGGAGUCGGUUUUGACAGAGAGGCUAGUAUACGCUGCUCUCUUGUUCAUUCACAAUCUGUGCUACAGCGGAGACGAAAACUGAGGAGGAGGAAAACCAUUUCGGGUAUCCCCAGGAGAGUCCAACAAGAAAUAGAUUCUGAUGAAUCGCCCGUGGCCAGGGAAAGGAAUGUGAUUGUGCACACAAAUCCGGACCCUUCCAACACUGUCAACAGGAGGUCUGGAACCAGGGACUCAGAGUGCCAAACUGAGGAUAUUCUGAUUGCUGCUCCAUCCAGAAGAAGAAUCAGAGCUCAAAGGGGUCAGAGCAUUGCAGCUUCUCUUUCUCAUUCUGCUGGCAACAUUUCUGCACUGGCAGACAAAGGUGACGCCAUGUUUACUACUGCAGUGAGCAGCCGCACGAGAUCUCGGAGCCUUCCCAGGGAGGGCAACAGAGGUGGGGAUGCUGAGCCCAAAGUUGGUGCUAAACCCUCAGCAUAUGAAGAAGGGGAGCCUUUCGUGGGAGACCAAGAAAGAACCCUUCCCGAUUGCAGUGAGGCCCCCAACAGCCCCAGUGCACAGGAGCACCAGCCUGCUUUGAGCCUGGCCUGUUCUCAACAUCUGCACAGCCCCCAGCACAAGUUAAAUGAGAGAGGGAGGUCUCGUCUGUCGCGGAUGGCAGCCGAUUCUGGCAGCUGCGACAUCUCCUCCAACUCGGACACCUUUGGGAGCCCCAUCCACUGCAUUUCUACAGCUGGCGUCCUCCUCAGCAGCCACAUGGACCAGAAAGAUGACCACCAGUCAUCCAGUGGCAACUGGAGCGGGAGCAGCUCCACAUGCCCCUCACAGACCUCAGAGACGAUCCCUCCUGCAGCUUCGCCUCCCCUCACUGGCUCUUCACACUGUGACUCGGAGUUGUCACUCAACACGGCCCCUCAUGCUAACGAGGACACCAGUGUCUUCGUGACAGAGCAGUACAACGACCAACUGGAGAAAGUGAGAGGCCACCGGACAAACUCCUUUACCUCCACGGUGGCAGACCUGUUGGAUGACCCCAACAAUAGCAACACGAGCGAUAGCGAGUGGAAUUACCUACACCAUCAUCAUGACGCCUCCUGCCGCCAGGAUUUUAGUCCUGAGCGUCCCAAGGCAGACAGCCUGGGCUGCCCAAGCUUCACGAGCAUGGCCACUUACGACAGCUUUCUGGAAAAGUCUCCGUCGGACAAAGCCGACACCAGCUCUCACUUUUCAGUGGACACAGAAGGAUACUACACCUCCAUGCACUUUGACUGUGGUCUCAAAGGCAGUAAGAAUUAUGUCUGUCACUAUGCAGCCCUGGGCCCGGAGAAUGGCCAGGGCAUUGGGGUUCCUCCUGCACUUUCAGACUGCACCUGGCAGGACUACUUAGACCACAGGAGGCAGGGGAGACCAAGCAUCUCUUUCAGGAAACCAAAGGCAAAGCCAACUCCACCUAAACGUAGCUCAUCAUUGAGGAAGUCUGACGGAAAUGCAGACACUUCUGAGAAGAAAGAACCAAAGACAAGCAGUGGCCAGCUCCUGCCUCACAGUUCCAGGGAAAUGAAGCUGCCUCUCGAUUUCUCCAACACACCUUCUCGAAUGGAAAAUGCCAAUCUUCCCACCAAGCCAGAACCUUCGUGGAUGAACCAGAAUGAACAUGGUAUUAAGGAACCUCAGUUAGACACUCCAGAUGUUCCACCAUUCAAAGAUGAAGGUGCUGAAUCAACUCACUAUGCAGAUCUCUGGCUUCUAAAUGACUUGAAAACAAAUGACCCUUACAGAUCUUUAUCGAAUUCAAGCACUGCUACGGGUACCACUGUUAUCGAAUGCAUUAAAUCUCCAGAGAGUUCUGAAUCCCAAACAUCCCAGUCAGAAUCUAGAGCCACCACCCCCUCCCUUCCUUCUGUCGACAAUGAGUUUAAACUUGCUUCACCAGAAAAGCUGGCUGGCCUGGCAUCUCCAUCAAGCGGCUAUUCCAGCCAGUCCGAAACGCCAACAUCCUCUUUCCCUACUGCUUUCUUUUCUGGCCCAUUGUCUCCUGGAGGUAGCAAAAGAAAGCCGAAAGUCCCAGAAAGGAAAUCUUCCCUCCAGCAACCCUCUUUAAAAGAUGGCGCUCUGUCACUGAGUAAAGAUCUGGAACUUCCAAUUAUACCUCCUACCCAUCUUGACCUAAGUGCUCUUCAUAAUGUCUUGAACAAACCAUUCCACCACCGCCACCCCCUACACGUCUUCAGUCAUAAUAAGCAGAACACAGUAGGAGAAACUCUGAGGUCCAAUCCUCCACCAUCUCUUGCAAUUACACCCACGGUCCUGAAAUCAGUUAACCUUAGGUCCAUCAGUAAAUCUGAAGAAGUUAAGCAAAAAGAAGGCAACAACACAGAUCUCCCCUACCUGGAGGAAAGCACUGUCACCACGGGUAAGAUUAGGCCACACGUGAUGAAGAAAUCAUUACCAUGUCAGUACGCCACUGAAGAUACCAUCCUGUCCUUUUUAGACUCCUCUGCAGUUGAGAUGGGACCAGAUAAACUACAGUUAGAAAAAAAACAUACUUUUGAUGUGAAGCAUCAUUGUGAUCCAGAAACAGUAACCUCAGCUGGUGGCAAUCUUCUAGAUUCAAGUGUCACAAGAGACCAAAUGCAUAUGGAGAGUGAGCCUGUUUCAGAAAACAAACCAAGUAAAAGUUGUGACUUUCUCACAGAAGGCUUUCAGAGGGUCUCUGCUGCUCGCCCAAAUGAUUCAGAUGGUAAGACACUGCAAUAUGGAGCUGGUCCGGAUGGAGCCCUAGCGCAGGUCCAGAAGUUGUCUUUUGUAGAUCGCGAGGAAGCUGCACCCCCAGAGUCUGUGGAUGUGCUCACACCUCAGUCAGACUCUCCAACUCGAGUCACAGACAUAGGCUAUCAACUUAAGCCUCAACUUGGGAUGAGCCACCACCAUGACAAAGUGCCUGGGAAUAUCAGCUCCGAAGUAGAGAUAUCAACUAUAAAUCCAUGCCCUGAAAAGUGUUCUGAGCAGGAAAAUAUUGCUUCAGGGAUUUCAGCCAAAAGUGCCUCUGAUAACAGCGGAGCAGAGGAGACCCAAGGAAGUGUGGAUGAGGUUUCGUUGAAAGAAUCGUCACCGAGUGAUGACUCUGUCAUUUCACCAUUAAGUGAAGACUCUCAGGCUGAAGCAGAAAGUGUGUUCGUGUCUCCCAACAAACCUCGAACAACUGAGGAUUUGUUUGCAGUUAUUCACAGGUCCAAGAGGAAAGUACUUGGAAGAAAAGAUUCUGGGGACAUGUCUGUCCGCAGUAAAUCGAGAGCUUCCCUGGGCAGCAGUAGCAGCAACAGCGCCGGUUCUGUCACUUCGCCCAACAGCAAUGUGACCACCCCAAACAGCCAGAGGUCUCCUGGCCUCAUCUACCGAAAUGCCAAAAAGUCCAACACGUCCAAUGAAGAGUUUAAGCUGUUACUGCUGAAGAAAGGCAGUCGCUCAGAUUCCAGUUACCGUAUGUCUGCUACUGAGAUCCUGAAGAGUCCCAUCCUGCCCAAACCUCCUGGGGACCUCACCGCGGAGUCCCCCCAAAGCCCCCAUGAGGCCCAUCAGGGGUCACCGGGAACUGAAGCACUGUCUCCCCUCUCUCCGUGCUCCCCACGGGUUAACGCAGAAGGGUUUUCCUCGAAGAACUUUGCCACCUCGGCAUCGGCCAGGGUGGGACGUUCCCGGGCUCCUCCUGCGGCCAGCAGCAGCCGCUACAGUGUCCGCUGCAGGCUGUACAACGCGCCCAUGCAGGCAAUCUCCGAGGGUGAGACCGAAAACUCUGACGGGAGCCCGCAUGACGACCGAUCCUCCCAGAGCUCCACGUAGGCGACCCCGCCAGGCUGGCUAUCCAAGGCCAAAACCUUACUCAUGAGGAUGGAGGAACAAAACGGAAGACGUGGGACAAGUCAGCAUGUGGUGGGGUCCCAUUACGUUUACCAACGAGUUCCUAAAUAUUUGCUGGAGAAAUGGAAGGUGGUUCGGUCUUUCUUAUUUUCCAUGUUUUUCAGUAGCUGCACUGUCUUUCAUAUUUUUCUUUAGCAUAGUUUGAUUUACCUAGUCUCAUUCCUUUUGAUAAUAGAGAAUUUAAAAAUGUGUGCUUUUCACAAAACCUAGAAAAAUUUUUUCCCAGAGCUGCCUAUUCAGAAAACAAAGCCCUCACUGUCAUAAUUCAUAUGAAGAUGAAAUUACUCUGGAGGUUUGGUAUAUUUUUACAUUCAAAUGAACUAAAGCAAAAUUUAGAAGAACUACACACAUGUAAAUACCAUAUUUUUGAUAAAAAUGUGUAAAUAGAUUUAUCGACGACGAGUGGACAUGUGGCCAACUAUCUACCACACACCAACUGUUUAUAGAACACAACAAAUACAGUGUAAUAAUUGUAUUCUGUGAAUACCAUUUUCAUAUCAAAUACCAUAUUUAAAUGUCCACCAAUAUGAUUUCUGAGUGAUAAACCUCAAAUAUGACUUUUAAACUGGUGAAAUAAAGGAAAUCUUGAGGUCAUAUAGUGAAAUGUGAUUAAUUUAAAACAAUGAAUUCAGACUUAACCAUUUUUGUGACAAAUUGCAGCACCACACAAACUACUGGUAACACAUGGCUGAUUCGCUGUGUGGUAAUCUGAACAGAAUUAAAAGCAUGCUUUUGAUUUAAAAAACAAAAUUAGUGAGAGAAAUCAUCAUUUUCAAUACAAAGCCCUGAACAACAGCACUUGACAGUGUCCUUUUAACUUCAAUUUUUCAAUGGAUUGCUUUAAAGAGAAUAAGUAGGGAAAACAGUAGUUAAUUUUAGGUUACAUUUUAUAUUAUACUACUGGGGACAUAAAUAGUCAUAAUCUGAUGACUAUUAUCUUUAAACUCCUUCAACAGUUUAGCAAUUAGCUCCAGGUUCUUUAAUAAACAAAAAUAAAACAUAAGCAUGCCACAGAGCUGUGGAUUUAUCAGUAAGUACCUGCAAUGAGUUUUCAGUGACGCUUUCUCUCUGUGCUGACAAGAUUCAUGCUACCUAAAAAUUAACAGAAAUGACACUGUGAACAACGUAGUUGGGAAAUAGGUAUGUGUAUAUGCAUUAUUUAUAUUCACUGUUAAAUGGGAUUGGGGAGCAUCUCUGGUUCACAAUGCUAUAUACAACUGAGUUUUUGUCUGAUUUUACUCUAUCUGCUUGAUGGCAAAAUGGGAGGGUGGUGGGUGGGACAAGAAAUGUCAGGGCAACUGCUCUGAUAAAAUGAAGGCAGGGAAACAAGCUGAAUUACUUGAAAUUACUUGAAUUUUCUUGUCUUAAAACUGAAAAAAAAAUGUAGUUACAAGUUGAAAUCUGCCAAUGGGUUAUACACCUGUGAUUUUAACAUGAACUGAUACUAAUGUUUGAGAUGAUAUGUCAGAAAUAUAAGCAGCUAUGAACUUGGAAUAUGUUUUGAAUGAGAGAAGGUAGAAAGUAGAGAACUAAGAAGGAAUAUGGCCUAUAAAAGAAUAGAAUGUGAUUAGAAUGAUAGAACAUACCAGAGUUACCAAGAAAUUGACAAGCAGCUGGUUUUAAGCUUAUGCAAGUGGUAUUUGGGAAAGUAGGAUGUGUGAAAGGGGGUUUGUGGUUUUGGUUUAAUUCAUGCAAUAUGAAGGAGAAAGCCUGGUCUAAGAAGAUGCUGUCUUUCAAUAGAAAACACUUUAUAAGACAUUACAGAGUAAGAAUUACAGAAUCUGAUUGCUGUUGGGUUUCUGUUUGUUUCUUUGGAAAGAAAAAAAAAUAUCCAGUUUAUUCUAUUUGUUUUUGCUAUCAAAAUGUGUUUCUUAAUUUCUUGUCAUCCUUGUAUGUAAAAGGGGUGCUGGGGGUGGUGGGGUAGAGGAGGGAGAAUGUGUGUGUGUGAGUGUGAGUGUGUGAGUGUGAGUGUGUGUGUGUGUGUGUGUGUGUGUGUGUGUGUGUGCUUGUGCAGGGAUAGAUAAGCUACCUGGUAAAUGAUACAUUUGAACAUUUAUAAAGUGUUAUACUUUUUAUUAAAUGAAAAAUGUUUGGGGGUUUGGAAAAAAUGGACCAUCAUUUCUCAUUGGAACCCAUUAGUUAAGAAAACCAGCAUGGUUUAACACCACAUGGGAACAUGAAUAACUUUUUUCUCAUGCUUUGAAAAGUACACUUGGCAAACUUUUAAAAAUAAAGUUUUUAGACAAAUGCGAUAAGUCAUUUCCAGUCACAAUAGGUGAUCUUUUGUAAUUUUCAUAAAAGCAGUUCGUUUGCAGUAUGGCUUUUGUGUAAUUAGGGGUUUUUUAGUGUAAAGAAAGGUAUGUGGGCUUUAAAAGUGAUUCUAAAUCUUGAACAGAAAACACAAAUUGGCUUUAACAAAUAUGUCACCUUAUUAUUGAUAUUAAUUUAAGUAAUGGUACCAUAUAUAUUUUAAAAUACAUAUUGACUUGAAUUGUGAGGCAAUAAGAUAGCAUCUAUAUGUAAUGAUCACAGAACUAACCCUUAGAAUAUAGUUUUACUUAUUUUGUUUACUCUAAAAAUCUAUAGCAGAGCUUCUCUAUUUUAUAUUUCAUAGAUUAAAAAAAAACCCAGAUAAAGAUGGAUUUAAAAUUCACUGUGCAAAAGAGUAUUGAAUAACAAACUGAGUUUUAAAAAAAGCAAGAAAUUCCUUUGUAAUUUGGGAUAGUCUACAUGGCUUUAUCACAUAGCAUAUAAGACCAAGAUUUAGAGGGCUGUCUUCAACAUCACUGCCAUCUUGAAGCAGGGUACACACAUUAGGUAUUGUGAGGAACAUCAACCCAAACUUUUCUUCUGUUGUUUGCACUGAUGCUAUUUUUUCUUCUUUUAUGUUAUACAACAUGUCUAUGUUGUGUGGGGGAGAUAUAUUUUCCUUAUUUUUUGAUUUUUUUCUUUUUUUUUUGGCUAAGUAGAGGACAUGGACUAGUUGUAGCAAACAAAAACACGCUGUUUGCUCUUGCCAAAGUUUAGUGAGAGAGUACAUAUGCUGCAGUGGUGGCAGACUUAGAGAACUAGAUCAUGACAAAGAUUUACAACUAUGAGGAAGGUUACAGUGUAACUCUUUUGGUACUAGAACCAGUUCAUGCUGGCCAAAAGACAAUGGUUUAUGGACUUGCCUCCAUUUUGUAUUUUUGUAAUAUUUGUAAAUAUGGACUUUUUAAAUUGUUGCAAAAAUGGUUUCUUUUGUAAGAUGUUUUCAACGUUUACAUUCAAUUCAAGCCUUUGUAUAUUUUAGAGCUGUGCAACACUUUAAGUCUUGUAUUUAUUUUUAGUAACAAUGGUGACAAUUUCAUUGUGAACCCCUCUCAAAAAAAUGUACCAGAAAAGUUUGAUUACCUAGAAAGUGUGUAUAGAAACUGCAAAUAAACGUGACUGCAAUUAAA